CGUUGCACACUCUCCUGGCAGACAGCAGGGCACCACGUCAUAGGGAAAUAGAUAGACAGAGAAAAGAAGAGAAACGGAACGAGAAAAAGAGGGGAGGAGCCGGAGGAGGAAACGAGGAAGGAGGAGACGGCAGCCACCGAGCGAAAACUGGAAAGGGAAGAGCUCCACUAGCGCGUGCGUUGCGAGGAGAUGUGGCGGAGGCGGCUGGGAGCUCUCCUUCUCCGAUCUCCGCCGUCUUCCUCCUCCACAGCCGCCUCUUCUUGCCAGCAUCGCCGCCGCCACCUCCUCCCCAGCGAGGAACCUCUUGCUGUCAAUCGUCUUGCACGGCUCUUCACGUCCCAAGCUGGAAGUGAUGGUGGCAAUUCCCAGAAGCCGUUCAUUGCUUUCGUCUUAGGGGGUCCUGGUAGUGGCAAAGGAACACAAUGCACCAAAAUUGCUUCGGAUUUCGGAUUUGCCCAUUUGAGCGCUGGUGACCUUCUGCGCCAUGAAAUAGCAUCUGGCAGUGAGAAAGGGGAGUUGAUCCUGGACACCAUUAAGGAAGGGAGGAUCGUCCCAUCAGAGAUAACCGUGGAACUCAUAAGGAAAGCUAUGGAAACGAGCAAUGCCAAUAAGGUUCUUAUUGAUGGCUUCCCAAGGUGUGAGGAAAACAGAAUCGCUUUUGAAAGAAUUGUUGGAAGAGAACCAGACGUUGUGGUUUUCUUUGACUGUCCUGAGGAUGAGAUGGUAAAACGCCUUCUAGGCCGUAACCAGGGGCGGGUUGAUGAUAACAUUGAGACAAUCAAGAAGCGUCUAAAAGUGUUUGAGAGUUUGAAUAUUCCUGUUAUUGACUACUAUUCUUCUAGGGGAAAGGUUCGCAAGAUAAAUGCCACGGGCACUGCAGAUGAAAUUUUUGAUGCAGUCCACAAGCUCUUUUCGUCCUUAAGGUUCUGAUGAGGAUACUAUCUUCCAAGGAAUCCCGGGAGUUUGCUUAGCAAUUAUCUGUUAUUUAUUUUUCUUAAAGCCAGUGCUCACUUUGUGCCGUCUAAAUCUUUUGUGCAGUAAUUGUAUAUACACGCUAUGCCUUCACGAAAUAAUACCCAGGGAAACACAUAUAACUUUGUGACACAUCUAACCUGAAGCUCGUCCUGCAUGGCAGGCAUUAUUUGUUACCUUUAUUUUUCCUUCUGAAUUUGUACUGCAACACCUACAUGUGGUUUGCCGCA